AUGACAAUGGGCUCUACCGACGGGAAGUGUCUAGCGAUUCCUGUUCUAUAUUUUGUGUGUAUUGCGUUGUGUUAUUCAAUUGUAGGCCUGGACGCAUCAGAACUUGAUGUACCACCAAAAGGUGAAAUCGGUGGACAAGCAAACCUGUCGUGCAUUGUAGAAUCCAAAACAACAAAUAUAACAUGGGAGUUCAAAAACAAGACUUUAACAGAAGAUAAACGAAUAAAACAGAACGUAACAACAUUGCAACAUAAAGAUGUUUAUGGCACACCUAUUACAUUGACAAUCUCUAAUCUGACCAUCGACAACGCCACACAAGAAGAUGACGGAAAUUACACGUGCAUAGCUGAAGUAGAAGAUGGGGAACCAAUAACUAAAGUCAUAACACUCGAUAUGAGGUUCCCUGCAAAACUGAUUAAUAACACAAAGGGACCUAUUAAAAAAAAUGCGACUAAAGAUUUCGUUCACAGUAUUGUAGUAAAUCUUUCUUGCAUAUUCGAAGUAUACAACAUGCCUUCUGUACGAUGGUGGAAGAAAGGCGACAAUUUUGAUGAUUUAGGCGGCAGAAUGCCAAUACGUAUUAACACAAAACAAAUAAGGAGUGAAUAUAAACUUCACAUAGAUAAAAAAGCCAAUGGCACCUACGUCUGUGAGAUAUUCGAUAAAGUCGCCGCAAAAAAUGUAACUGGUGAGACGGAUGUUUUUGUCUAUGCAGAGCCAGAAAUUAAAAUUGAUAGUGUUGUACCUAUUAAUACAACACAGGUGUAUAUUAAUUGGACUGUAAAUUCAUAUAACGUGGACGUAGACGGUUAUUAUUUGUACAAUAAAGAAGUAAACUCCAAUAACAAAACUGAUGGCUUUACUCUCAUCCCACUAAAAAUUGGUGUCAAAAACACAUCAUUCAUUGUCAUCGAGCUAAAAAAAUCUACAUCAUAUAAUUUUAAACUUGAAGUGACUACUAGUAUGGGGAAAGCUAGUGACAUUUAUAAUCGUACGGUGACAACAUUAGACAAGGAGCCCACGUUUAUUCCAGAAAUUUCUGUGAAUGGUUUUUCGGCUACUUCUGUUACUCUAGGCCUUAUGGCUCCGCCCGAAGAAAUAGCAAAUUUAAUUCAUUACUACAUACUAGAAGCUAAGAAAAAGGGAGAGACUACACCUCGUCAAGCAUACCACUCCAGAGACAAUAGAAAUCUUCCAUACAUGUUUGAUAGUUUAGAGCCAUACAGCACAUACAUUUUUCGGGUUCGCGCAUGUUCUGACUACACCAAGACCUGCGGGCAGUGGUCUAAAGAGAAGGAGGCAGCGACGUUAGACGGUAUACCAGGAAAGCCGAGUGAUGUACACAUAGAUUGCAAUAAUAGUCGUGUAUUGUUACUCACAUGGAAAGCACCUCUAAAACCAAAUGCAGAAAUUAAAGGAUACACCAUGGAACUAACUGGCAACGCAACCUACAAAGAUCGCAACGGCAUUGUAAAGGAAGCAAUAUGGGGACCUUUAACUAGAUUCACCCCUAAUGAUUCUCAAAGUAUUAGGUUGGACGACCUGCAGCCCAAUAUGAACUACACGGUGCGGUUAAGUGCGAUGACACGCAUGCGCCGUCGCGGGGAGCAGGAGACUCGUUACUGUACCACCGCGCCCGAGCUGCCGGACGCGGCGCCCCGCCCCCGCUGGAGGAAGAUUCACGACGCUGAGAACAAUAAAUACUAUUUUAAGAUGUUUUUGCCAAGAAUCACAGAAAGAAAUGGACCUAUUUGCUGUUACAGGGUGUAUAUGGUCCGUUUACUACCGAAUAUGGACUGGAGGAACAUUCCUCGGCCCGCCGAUAUAAACAUCAUCCAGUACGAGGAGGCGCACGCAGUAAAGCCAGUAGUCGGUGCUUACAUCACGGAUAUCAUUUCCAAUGACAAUUUCCCAAAAGACUCUGAACUGGUGAUGGGCGAUGACCGUUCAAUAGAUGACAGAGGGCACCCCUCGCUCGCGAACGAUCUAUGUCGCCGGUGUCGGGAGAAACCCACGCGGCACGACGCGACCACGACCUCCACGACGGUCACCACCACUGUCCCCACCACCACCAGUGACCCGCUGCUGGAUGACGACGAAAUCACCACGCAGGCGACUCCGGCUAGAAGGAGAAGGCAGAUUGAUGUUGAUUAUAGCAAGGACAACAUAAUGUCGGAUAAGAUUACUCAUGAGGUGCAGCCUCCAGAUACGGAUAUUAGAGUCAAGGACGGGCCUCUCGACUCGGCAUCGAAUUAUACACUCUUUGUGGAACUUAUAUCGGGCGUAGCGCAUGCGGAGGUGUGCAGCGAGUACGUGCACGUGCUGGUGCCCGCCCCCGCGCCCGCCGCUCCCCCCGCGCCCCUCCUGCAGCGUGCCCUCCAGGUGAGCUGCGUGCUGGCGGCCCUGCUGCUGGUGCUGGCGGUGGGCUGGUGCGUGCUUCAGUCGCGAAGAUCGCGCAAACUGCCGCCGCACGCGCCGCUAGAACUCAACCCGCUGCAUGCCGUCUACAGGUACGUGGUGGAGCACAUCGGCGGACGACAGCAGCUGGUGACGGCCGCGCCGCCGGACAUGCCGCCCAUCGACAAGGAGGACCUCGCCGCUGCAUACGCCGAACGCCAGCUCGACUCUGACUAUGGAUUCCAAAAGGAAUUCGAGUUGUUGCAGAUGCUACCAGAGUGUUUCCCGGACCGGACCACCCACGCGUCGGAAGCAAGGGAGAACCAGCCCAAGAACCGAUACCCGGAUAUCAAGGCCUACGACCAGACCCGAGUGAAACUCUCGCAGAUCGACAGCAUCACCGGAUCGGACUACAUUAACGCCAAUUACGUUAUGGGAUAUAAGGAAAGCAAAAAAUUUAUAUGCGCGCAAGGCCCUACAGAUACCACCGUGAAUGACUUUUGGCGUAUGAUAUGGGAGCAUGGUCUAGAGCUGAUCGUGAUGCUGACCAAUCUCGAGGAGUAUUCCAAGGUUAAGUGCAGCAAGUACUGGCCUGAGGAGCGAGGCACCAGAAACUUCGGCAACAUAAACGUGCAACAUAUCGGAGAAAAACGGUAUUCAGAUUACAUAGUGAGAGAGCUCAGAAUUACAAAACAACCAACCAACGCUGAUGGGCAGCCAAUAGUUGAAAACAACGGAAUAGCUAAAAGGAAUGGAGAUUGCGGUGGCGGCGGCGAGAAUGCUGACGAUAGUACAUCACCCCCUCGGGAUGCCAAACCCUCAGACGCUGACUCUCGCUGCGUGCGCCAGUACCACUUCCUCAUGUGGAAGGAUUUCGCAGCGCCCGAAUAUUCACACUCCAUACUUAAGUUUAUUAAGCGGAUGAACGAGGCGUGGUCGCGCAUGGUGGGCCGCGCGGUGGUGGUGCACUGCUCGGCGGGCGUGGGCCGCACGGGCACGCUGGUGGCGCUGGACUGCCUGCUGGACCAGCUGCGGGACACCGGCUCCGCCGCAGUCUUCAACACCGUCGCCGAGCUGCGCCGGCAGCGGAACUUCCUCGUGCAGUCCCUGAAACAGUACGUGUUCGUAUACCGGGCGCUGGUUGAAUACGCGCAAUAUGGUGAUACGGAAAUCCCCGCGUCACGUCUCAAGAGUACCAUCGACCGUCUGAGGAACACGCCUGAGGGCGCCGACAAGUGCCUCAUGGAACAUGAAUUCGAGAAAAUGAUAAAUAGUCCAAUAGCGGAGCCGCUGAAGUCGUGCGCGGCGGGCGCGGCCGAGGAGCUCCGCAGCCGGAACCGCAGCCCCGACUGCCUCCCCUACGACCGCAACCGCGUCAUACUCGCGCCCAUACCCGGCCGCGACUACUCCACCUACAUCAAUGCGUCAUUCAUUGAAGCGUACGACAAUUCGGAAGGAUUCAUCAUCACACAGGAUCCCCUGCCUGCCACCAUCAUGGAUUUCUGGCGAAUGGUUUCUGAGCAUAAUGUCUCCACUAUUGUUAUGCUCAGUGAGAUAGGCGAAGGCAAGUGUCCCCGGUACUGGGACGACGGUACCGCGCAGUACGAACACAUCUCUGUACAGUACGAGGACAGCGAGUCCUGCCCGUACUACACAAGGCGACAAUUCCGAGUCACCAACACCAAGAGCGGUGACACGAUAAGCGUACGCCAGCUGCAGUACCAGGGCUGGCCGACGGCUCCCGGCCACGUCCCCGAGGUGACGCGCGGGCUGGCGGAGCUGGCUGAUGCAGCCGCACCCGCCGACGAACGCCCGCCCAUGCUCGUCCACUGCCAGCUGGGCACGGAGCGGUCGGCGCUGUUCGUGGCGCUGUGCGUGCUCAUCCGGCAGCUGCGCGUCGAGCGCCGCGUCGACGUCAACUGCGUCGCCAGGAAGGUGCGCUCGCAGCGCGCGCGCACUGUCAACACAUUCUUACAGUAUGAAUUCUUACACCGUGCCAUACUCAACUACGCGGAGCUUCACAACUUAUUAGAAGACAGUUAAAUGGCCAUCGCACCGCGGGAAUGUCAAGUGGCAUGGCUCAAGGCAGCAGGCAGAGAGGAUCUUAUUGAGAAAAGUCAAAACCGAGUAGCGUACCGC